AUGUCAUCAACAAUUCUUCCUUUCGCUUCCACCAAGGAUCAAGGGGGGAAAGCGAUGACAGAAUCCAGUCGCCGGCCGAUACCGACGACCGUUACUCCAGCUCCGCCGCCGCACGUUCUAAUGUUUCCUCUCCCGGGGCAAGGCCACGUCACCACCAUGCUCAACUUAGCCGAGCUCCUCUGCCUCUCCAACCUCAGAGUCACCUUCCUCAAUUCCGACCACAACCACCACCGGCUCCUCCGCUUUACCACCGUCCAGUCCCGUUUCGCCAUCUACCACCAGCUCUUCAGCUUGCAGAGCAUCUCCGACGGCCUGCCUUCCGACCACCCCCGCAGCGGCGAACGGAUUCUCGACCUUUUCCAAUCCAUGAGCACCAUAACCAGGGACCUGUUCAGGGAUUUGCUUCCCUCAAUUCGCCCGCCGAUCGACUGCCUGAUUAGUGACGGAGCUCUUCAAUUCCCUCUCGAAGUUGCCGCCGAGUUCGGGAUUCCGGUCGUCCAUUUCCGUACGAUCGGCGCCUGCUGCUUCUGGACUUAUUUCUGCAUCCCUGACAUGAUUGAAGCAGGCGAGCUCCCAAUCCGAGGAGAAGAAGAUAUGGAAAGGCUGAUAACCACAGUACCAGGAACAAAGGAAUUUCUCAGGUGCAGAGAUCUUCCGAGCUUUUGCCGCUCCCCAGAUCUCUCCCAUCCAUCGCUCCAAGCUUUGGCAUCCGCCACUCAACAAUCCACCAAAGCUUGCGCACUGAUCCUCAACACAUUCGAGGGCUUAGAAGGUCCAAUUCUGACCCAAAUUGCAGCUCACUGUCCCAAAACAUACACAAUCGGACCAAUUCAUGAGCACUUGAGAUCAAAGCUCACCCUACAACCAUCAUCAUCAUCGUCAAGUCUAUGGGAAGAAGACAGAAGCUGCUUGGAAUGGCUAGACAGGCACCCACCCAAGUCCGUCCUCUACGUGAACUUCGGCAGCAUAGCAGUGAUGACAUCAGAAGACCUGAUCGAAAUCUGGCACGGUCUCGUCAACAGCAAGCAGCGGUUCUUGUUGGUCAUGAGGCAGGGCUCGGUCGCCGAGCUUGGAAGCAAUACUAACGAUACAAUCACUUUCCCUGAAGAGCUAGUGAAAGGGGUUCGAGGAGAAGAAUACAUGGUGGUGUCAGGAUGGGCGCCGCAGAAGGAAGUGCUCGAUCAUGGCGCCGUUGGUGGGUUUCUGACCCACAGCGGAUGGAACUCGACCCUGGAAACGAUUGUAGCUGGCGUGCCGAUGAUUUGCUUGCCGUAUUUCGCUGAUCAGCAAGUGAACAGCAGGUUUACGAGCGAGGUAUGGAAGCUGGGAUUGGACAUCAAGGAUGCUUGUACGAGAAAGGUGGUGGAGAGGAUGGUGGUUGAAUUGAUGGUGGAGAGGAAGGAAGAUUUCGCGACAUCCGCGGCGAAGAUGGCCGAGUUGGCGAGAUCCAGUGUUGGCUUUGGAGGAUCGUCGCGCCAGAACCUGGAGGCUUUGAUCGAGGAUAUUCGGUCAAUGAAGUCCAAGUAA